AUGGCCACGAAUGACAAUAUCAAUCAGGGAACAACAUCUGCAGUUCAUGUCAACAUAGAAUUGGAAGACAGACACUCUUCAUCGGAAGCAGAAUCAGCAUCAUCGUCACCACCACCACCCCCAUACAUUCGUACUAUAGGCGAUAUUCAACAACACUUUGGACCCAGUUGCGCGGUAGCAGUCGAAGGCGCAACAUUGCCUGCCAAUGAAAAGAUCGUUCGCGAUAUUCUUGAUGGUAUCAGAAAAUACUGUAACCGACGAUUAUUACUAUAUAUGAUUCUUGGUUUACCUCUGCUUCCAUGCCCUCCCUCCUACUGCAUGAUAUUCAUGUACUGGCAUAACUUUAUAGAAAGAGCAGAGGACAUAGCGAACGAUGGGAUCCGUCAUGUGAUCCGUCUUGAAGGAGAGCAAUGGUCAAGAUACGUUAUACAUAUCCGUAAUGAUGGUCCUGAGUGCCUAAAUGUUCGACAUGGAGUAGCUAAAAAACUAAUUGCUCGUGGAUAUGGUUACGUUCUUGUGGGUCUAUCUGGCUUGCUUAUCGAUCAAUUAGCUACCAUGAGCUAUACGAAUCAAAUUGCUGUGCGCAGUGAAUUUAUUAGAGCACCCAACGGUAUUGACAUGAUGCUUCGUGUGUGGUUCUGCAAACGUGUCUACCGAGUCAAUUGGAACAAUGAUCCGUACACUGUUGAUAUAUUUCUGCCAUCAGAAAUGACCACUGAUGAACUAUCGGACAUUAAUAAAUACAUCUUGCACGAGUCGAAAUGUCGACCGAUUUUUGAUCUUACUUAA